AUGUUUAAUAACAUUGGAAUUGAUCACGAUAUUGUUGUUGCUCAUAAUGAUGAUGAUGAGCUUGUUGAGGAUUAUGACGUUGAUGCUGAUACUGAUGCUAAUGCUGAUGCUGAUGCUGAUGCUGCUGUUUGUUAUGGGUUAUAUGCAUUUUGCCUGACCGAAGUUACUGCAUCCAAACGAAAACGAAAGUGCACUGAAAAACAAGAAUGCGGAGCGCGCCCGCCAAGACGUGAACCUCGAAUUCAAAGAACACCGAAACAACAAGAAGUACAAAACCAACAAUCAAAUCCCUACAAUAACCGAACACCUAGAAUUAUUGCUGGAGCACCCACAAAGGAAGGACAAUUUCCAUGGCAAGUAUCUUUGGAGUUAUUACAUCCAUCAAUGGGUUUUUUAGGUCAUUGGUGUGGUGCAGUACUUAUACAUCCAUUUUGGAUUUUAUCCGCAGCACAUUGCGUACACAAUGAUUUAUUUAAUUUGCCCAUACCUCCACUUUGGACUGUUGUACUGGGAGAGUAUGACCGAUAUGAAGAAUCAGGUUAUGAACAACGUAUACCAGUUGAAAAAAUAGUGCUACAUAAGCAUUACCAUAACUUUUUGCAUGAUCUUGUUUUGAUGAAGCUCUCAAUGCCAGCUGAUCUCACUAAAACCUCUAAUAUUCGUCGUAUAUGUCUACCAUUUAUUUUUAAUGAUCAUAGUAAUGUAGCAAAUGAUGAAGAUUUACAAGCUGAAUUUCUUGAAGACCCUUUGGAAUUUGGUCUAGCUGAGGUGCCAGAAAAAAUGGACAAUUUUUUGCGAAGUGUACAAAAUAUACGUAAACAUCGUAAUGUUACAAUGCCAAGCAUGAAAGAACUAUUGAGUACUAAGAUUUUGAGUCGCCUCAGAAAAACACAAUCGCAAAAAUCUUUUCGCGGACUAUACUUAACACGCAGACGGAAUGACAAGCUGAUGAAAGUACACGCCAAUGAUAAGGAAUAUGAGGGCUUAAUCGAACAUAAGCAUAAUAUAGAUACCGAAGAUUACAAGGACUUGCCAUUUAUCGAUUGCGUUGCUACAGGAUGGGGCAAAUCGAAUAUGACUGGUGAUUUGACUGAUACGUUGCUAAAAACUAGUGUACCAUUACACAGUAGUGAACGGUGCAAGGAGGCAUAUGGUAGUUUUGUUAAGAUUCAUCGCGGCCAUUUAUGUGCAGGUCAACUCAAUGGAAAGGGAGGCACUUGUGUGGGUGAUUCUGGCGGUCCUUUGCAAUGUCGUCUUUCGAAAAAUGGUCCCUGGAUUUUGGCAGGUAUAACUUCAUUUGGUUCAGGCUGUGCAAUUAAAGGAUUUCCAGAUGUUUAUACCAGAACUUCUUAUUAUAUGAAAUGGAUACAGGAUACAAUUGCCUAUGAAUAG